CACUGCUACGAAUAAAGCUUCAGACAACAAUUGGGAAUGAUCUGAAGAGACGACACAAAAAUGUCUCGAGUCCGGUACGAUUGGUCCAAACUUUGUACCGAUCUUAUGAGAUCGAUCCUCGAAACCCUAAACACAAAAGAUUUUCACCGGGCAAGAACUGUCUGCUCGAGCUGGUACUCUGUCUCCACAACAUGCAUGCGACCUCUGCAUCCAUGGCGAAUCCUCUUCCGCAAGUCAUCUACUCUGCUACUCGAUCCCGAACAACAAGACGAAACUCUCGAAACCGAACAUCCAGGAACCGACUUCUCGAAAAGCUGCGUCAUCGCUAGCUGUAGCAACUGGCUCCUGAUGAUCGAUGUUCGUGUAGAUUCGUAUCUUCUGAAUGUGUUUACUUGCGAGAGGAUCAACCUUCCGUCGAUGAAGUCGUUGCUUGUAGGUAACGCUAGCUUUUAUAGCAACGCAAGCUCUUCGAAUAUACCGGCUUGUCUUUGGGUGGACGAGAGAACAGGGGACUAUGCUGUGGCCUGGAGUUACAAAGAACAUUACUUGUUCUCGUACAAGAAAGGUGAUGAGACGUGGCGUGAGCAUAAAGGCACGCGGUGUAAAUCCAUGGCGUAUAAGAAGAACAAGCUUUACGUGUUAACAUCUGAUGAUUACAUCAAGAUUCUUGAUUUAUCUGGAGAUUCCCCUAAGGAAGAAGGGAACCCAUACGUUAACCAUAGGUUUCGGUUUGUUUCGCAACCUGGGGAGUUUGUGUGGAGGAAGAAAGUAGCGAUAACGAACUCAGGAGAGGUUUUGAUUGUUCUGAGCUUAAGAGGGUUACAAGAGAAACGUUUGUUUUGCAUCUUUAAGAUGAAUGUUGAAAGUGGUAACUGGGAAAGAGUUGAUACUCUUGGUGGUGAGAUGUUGAUGUUUGGUUAUGGAGUCACUGUGAGAUCUCCGAUCAAAGAGAUUGACGGUGAGGGAAUCAAGAGUGAUUCGAUCUGUUUCGUUGAUUAUGAUCUUUGGCCAGCUGCAGAAUAUUUUCGUCCCAACAGAAAAAUUGUUUGCGGUGUAUUCGAUCUUGCGUCGAGUACAAUCAAAUGGCCUAAAACAUCAGAUGCUUCGGUAAUGAAGAGCUUCUGGUUUGUUCCGGGAUAUGCUUAAAGUCUUGGUCUGAAGAAUGGUUUCAACUUAAUUAGGGUCAAAUCUUUAAAAAGACUCGGCAGCUAAAAAAUGGCUUCUCUUUUGUUUUGCUACUUAGUGGCUUUGAUUCUUGUAACGAGUUUGUUCGAGCGCUAGUAGACCUUUAUUGAAUCGUCUUUACAUUUGCGGGUUUAUCAUAUGUUUUUCGUAAGGAAA